CAGGCGGUGAGGAGGAGAGUGAGCAGUCAAAAUGGACGCAUGAACAAAGAAAACUGUUCCGUGCAAUGCGGCCAUAUUUUUCUGGCCGAAGCAGGGGUUCCCUAAUUCGGGCCAUUGAGUUCGGCACCUCCAUGAGAGUACGCUCAUUCCACAUACUGCCCCGAGGGAACAAAGAAAAUGAGGGAAAACGCUCAGACAAAGGUCAGCCGGGCAAAGGUGUUUGUAAAAUAUCUUUGCCUCGGCUGGCCUUCCCUGACGGUUUGGGACUGGACUUUCUUGUUCAACGUCCCCCUCCUGAAGUUCUACCCUGGUCUCCUGCGCAAUGUUGGCCUGGCCCCAACGACAGUCGCACUGUAUGUGGGCCAGGCCAUCUCUUUCCUCGAACACCUGAGGGACACACCUCCGAAGCACUCGCGCCUCAAAAGUGUCGAGGUCAAUGUCCUUGUGCGAGAGCUGAGGACGGUAUACAAAGACAUUGGGAGGAAACUCGUUGGACACCAGUCGCUUGUGAAACAAGACGAGCAGCAGCAGCUGGUGUCCAAGGAGGACCUGGCCCAGGUCUUGGCCAGGGCCAAAAUGACACAGUUGCUUGAGGACAUGAAAAAGGCUCCAGUCCGAGACCCCAGGACCCAUUAUCGGUUCUUUGGCUACCUGGCGGCCGAUCUUUCAGCCAUAUAUGGCCACAGGUCAGGAGUGUUAACCAAAAUGAAGGUCAAAGAGGUCAAAGACGCUGUGGGGGACGAAAAGGCGGGCUACCUCGUGAAUGUGAUGGAGCACAAAACUGUAAGAAAGUUUGGCGUGGCACAGAUAUAUCUCACUCAGGAAGAAUAUGGAUGGUGCACUGAGUGGCUCCGCCUCCGACAGCGGGCGGUCCCCACAAAUCAAUACUUUUUCUCCACCCUUGGCCGUGGCGAGGCAAAGGAUCUCAUUAAAUACUUCAGGAAGGCCUGGUCGGAGAUGGGAUUGAGGGGAUCGCCCACCCUGAUGGAUAUCAGGUCAGCGGUGGCCACCUAUAACUUUGAGUCCAAUGAUUCGGAGGUGUGCCAGCAUGUGGCUACAUUUAUGUGCCAUGAUGUGAGGACACAGUAGCAGUUCUACUCGCUCCACAACAUCCUGAGCCGCGCGAAGCAGAUGAGGGAGCUUUUCGUGUGCAUGUCACUCAGAAGAGGACAACCUGCUCACUCAUCUGCUUCCACUGUGUCCUCCAUUGCGCCCUCCACUGCAGCGUUCUCCACCUCUGUGCCCUCCAC